CUUCGUGAUCCCAAAGCUCCACCCCGCACACAGUGCCAAUAAGCUCGUCUCUUUCUCCCCAGCUCCAGCUCCACGCCGGACGCAGCAGCAGCAGCAGAAGCAGAAGCAGAAGCAGAAGCAGAGAUCGAUGGCCGCCCUCGCCGCCUCCUCCACGGCCGCCUUCGCCGCGAAGCCGCGCCUCCCUCGCGCGCGCCUCUCCGUGGCCUGCUCCGCCACCGGCGACGGCAACGCCAACAGCGUGUCGCUCGCGUCCUCCGUGAAGACGUUCUCGGCGGCGCUGGCGCUGUCGUCGGUGCUUCUCUCCUCGGCCGCCACCUCCCCACCGCCCGCGGCCGCCGACAUCGCGGGGCUGACCCCGUGCAAGGAGUCCAAGGCGUUCGCGAAGCGGGAGAAGAACUCGAUCAAGAAGCUCACGGCGUCGCUGAAGAAGUACGCGCCCGACAGCGCCCCCGCGCUCGCCAUCAACGCCACCAUCGAGAAGACGAAGAAGCGGUUCGAGAACUACGGCAAGUUCGGGCUGCUCUGCGGCGCCGACGGCCUGCCGCACCUCAUCGUCAGCGGCGACCAGCGGCACUGGGGCGAGUUCAUCACCCCCGGCCUGCUCUUCCUCUACAUCGCCGGGUGGAUCGGGUGGGUCGGCAGGAGCUACCUCAUCGCCAUCAGCGGCGAGAAGAAGCCCGCCAUGAGGGAGAUCAUCAUCGACGUCGAGCUCGCCACCCGCCUCCUCCCCAGGGGGUUCAUCUGGCCCGUCGCGGCGUACCGCGAGCUCAUCAACGGAGACCUCGUCGUCGACGACAAGGACAUCGGCUACUACUAACUGCGUGCUGCACCUGCUUGCACAUCGCUGCUGGCGAGGGCGCAGUGCGUAUGUGGGGAAAGAUCGAUGGCUUUUGGUGUAGGAGCUGGUAGGGGGAAGGAAUCCAAGUGAUCUGUUGUACUUAAAAGAAACUGGAUGAAAGCCUUGUAUAAUUGGACUUCUAUCUCUUGUGUGUAUUCACCUUCAUGAAAAUUCUUGAGAAUAUGCUUCAAAAAGAUAAUCUUGAGAACAAUUUCAUUUUGCA